CCUCCCUCUUAUUAAUAGGGUUCAACAAAAUUACUUCAUUCUCGUACAAUACCUCAGUCUCAGGUCGGAAUCUCCACUGCUAUAAGUAUCUGCUCCACCGCCACGGGCGCCGUCGCCUGCGGCAGAUUGCACGGUCGUUCUCUCAUCGCUCUAUUUGAGGUCCAACGUACCAGAGGAAAAAAAUGGAGUUCGACACUCGCGACCCGGAGGAAAAAAUGGCGAGCUUUAGUCCAUGGAAACGGGGACGCCCCGAGUCUUGGGGUCCCUACCAAAUUGUCCGGCAUUCUUUUUGGGAAGAGUUUGAUACUCGUACCUUUGCCAAUAUGGACUUGGACAUUGACACGAAAAGAGCUGCUACGAAAGCUUCUCCAUUUGUUGUCAGCCUUGUCUCCCUUUCAGGUGGGAAGCCACUAUUUAUGGGCUCUGGCACUAUCGUGGAUUGCGAGGAAGCCAAUGGUGCACAACUCAGUACUAGUACUAUCUUGACUUCAGCCAGUCUUUUCAGAACUUCUGCUGAAUCAGACGCCUUACCUAAUGAUAUCAAGGUUGACGUGUAUUUAUCGGAUGGUACAUUACUGGAUGGUCAAGUGUACGCCUGCGAUUUCCACUAUAAUCUUGCUUUGGUUAAGAUUGAAUCUGGUGCAUUGUUGCAACCAGCAAAUCUAAGGAAUCUGGAUGACUCUAUCAGUAUACAUCCUUGUGAAAUCCAGAGCGGGACGAGUUCUGAAUCUUUUCAGCUCCAUCCCAAUUCUGAUUUAUUUCAUCUUUGUCCUGGAGACAAGGUUGUUGCUCUUGGCCGGUACUUUGAGGAACCACAUGAGAUUAUGGUUGCCCCGGGGAAAUUCAGCCUUGAUUUGUGCGAGUUUGAUUGUAAGGAGCUGUUCAGGGCGAACUGUAAGAUUUCAAAAUGUGGCAUUGGUGGACCUCUUAUUAAUAUGUAUGGAGACGUCAUUGGAGUCAAUUUUUACGACCGGCUGUGUACUCCUUUUCUACCCAUCAACAUAGCUUUGAAAUGGCUGGAGCAUUUUAAGAAAUACGGGAGAUUCUGUCGACAUUGGCUCGGAAUGCAGAUGACUAAUCUCUGUGCUGCAAGGUUGGGCCUGUUGGAAAAGAUAAUCCAAAAGUUUCCCAACGUCUCCAAAGGUGUUCUUGUUGAAAAGAUAUUGGUUCUUUCUGGGGAAUUUUUGUUUACUGGAUUCUCUUGGACCUUUUUUGGAUUCAAAUGGUAGUCAGAUAUGGUAACCUUUAUGCUUUUGGUGAUUAUUGAGAACUCUAGAAACUUUGUUCAUGUUUACUCUAUCUGCCUAACACAUCAAUUGUUAGUUCUUUCCUAAUCGAGCACUGGAUAUUGAUACAUGGACUCGAGUACGAGUUUCAGGCGUGGGUGUGUCGUUAGCGACGUAUUCAUGUAAGUUUCAUAUCGCAGAAUGGGGCAUUGAAAAAUGAUUCUUAACAUAUCUGUUUAUUUAAAGAGCGAGAGACUGACCAGAGUGCCUUAAUAGUGGCCCCGAAUGAAAGGAAGGACAGGCAGAGAUAACUCUUUCCUUGCUCCUGGGGAAAGUGAGAGGGAUUAUAGAUGCUAGCAAGUCACUUUCAAGUUAAAUGAGAUUCAGAUCAGGAUUUUAUUGACUUGAACAUAACCUGAACUCUUGCAGCUUAAGCAAAUGUUGGUGUUCUUUUUGUUAGUUACCUUUCUAACCAUAUUAAGUGGGUCCCCAAAAAAAAAAGAUAAGACUGCCAUUUUUUGAAAACGUGGGAUUCUAUAGGCGCUUUUCUCAAUGCAAUCCGGAAUUUGAAAGAGCUCUAGUUAAGCUUCUUUUCGUGUAUUUUGAAAGGAAAGCUAGAAGAUAAGCUUCUUUUCAUGUAUUUUGCAAGGAAAGUGGCUAGCUUCCCUGGUUUCUCACAAAUGGUCCUGAUCAACAAUGUGGUGAAGCAUUUUGAGCUCUUUGUUUGAACCAGAAACUCUAUUGGACAGAGACAAAAAACAGUAUCACAGCAAUUGUAAUUUUGGAACAUAAAACACAAUAAUCAAGAUUCCUUUGAUGGACAGUUUCGAUAUUUUUGGUACAUGUAACCCUAAUUUUCUGUAAGUGUAGGAAACAGGGAAUGUAUUAUGAUUUAUGCACUCACAUGUGUUCUAAUCAAGUGCUUUCUUGCCUUUGAGUUUUAGAGAAAUGAUUUUACACUCCCUCUUUAACUAAAAUAAUUUCCUUUUUGUUUUGUUUGCUUGUCUGUAAUGCAACUUUUGAACAGCGAUAAUGCUGGUGUGCAUAUGUAU